AUGGAAAACUACCUCCUCGACGAGAAGGCAGUUUUUACCAGAUUUCCCUCAUUGUACGAAGCUGUCUCAAUUCACCUGGUCGAGGUCAGUCCCACCAUGCGUGUUAUGCAAACCGAUGCGAUCCAACAAGCUGCAUCUCGAGCCGGUCGUGAUCCACCGCCGGUCAGUUGGCAUGAUGAUUUUCAGAACAUUCCUACCGGGCUUCCUACAUUUGUGUUGGCUCACGAGUUUUUCGACGCUCUUCCAGUUCAUCAGUUUCGAAAAACGCAAAUGGACUGGCGCGAAGUGUUAGUUGCGGUUCACGAUUCCGACGUGCAUGGUGAACGGGGAUUCUGUUUUAUCAAUUCGCCCACUCGUAGUGUUGCUCAAGCGGCCUACCUUCCGCUCGCUGGUGAUCUGACCCAUCGAGACUGUGUUGAAAUAGCUCCACGUUCAUUGGUCAUUCUGGAUCAAAUUUGUCACCGCAUACAGACUGAUAAGGGUGCCGCUCUGAUUGUGGACUACGGACAUUCGGGAGAUAAAAAGCUGACUUUACGGGGGUUUCGCAAUCAUCAGGUUUGUGAUCCGUUAGAGGAUCCGGGAAAUAUUGAUCUGACUUGUGAUGUGGACUUCUCGUUAUUUCAUCGACGCAUUACCUCGUCCAAUCUCGAAGUCCAUGGCCCGGAGCCACAAGCCUACUUUCUCAUUAACAUGGGAAUUCUUGCCAGACUUCAGACUCUGAUGGUAAAUUGUACCUCGAAAGACCAACAGGACGAAUUGUUCUCGGGCUGUGAGAUGCUCAUCACAGCUGAACAAAUGGGUGAACGUUUCAAAUUCCUGGCUGUCGUUCCGCGCGGGGACAGAAAACGAGCUUUACCUGGUUUCACCGAUCUUCCGGGGACACCGUAUGCUGCGGGAUUCUCACUCCGAUUGGCUACUUUGAUGCGCGAACGCAUCAAUGAGAAAGCCACUCUGAUUGGUUCAUCCUAUCGUCUCAGCUCGACAAUGCCUCUCACUCAAGCUCCGCCCCGUUCUGUUCUGAACCUUUAG